AUGAACGUAAACUCUAAGCUUGCUGAAACAAGAAAGCUUUUCCCCGCCGAAGAUAAAGACGUUACAUACGGUACUACCACUAAAUUGACAUGCGCCGUUUGUCGAGGCGCCAAGAGUGCGUCCGAUCACUUGUGCUCUCAAUGUAGCGACGCGCUUUACGAAAUCGCGUCCGACGACUAUGUAAUAAAAGAUACGCAAUAUCAAGAACGCCACUGCUACGCAACGCCUGGUUUGGCACAACGCGAUCAGCGUUGUGCCAAAGCAAAUCCCAGCGCGGCUCUCGAAGAAACGACGGCGGGAGCUGCCUCCCCAAUUGUGCAGAUAGAGUGUCGAGGAACGAAGCGACGACUAGAUAUCGGAGAGAAUCCUUUCUUAAGUCAGGCGGAAGACCAAGACUUAGUCCUUACAGUGAAAGUGAAAUCGCCAAGUAGUGCAGUCCGACAAAAGUUUCUCGACGCUAAACAAAAUGGAGCUGUGAUUGAGCUUAUGAGUCCAGGGCGAGAGUUUAUAUCUUCAAACUGUGUCAUAACUGCAAUUGAGGGUAUUGUUGCGGAAACUCACAGUCACAGUCAGUCAGACGCACAAAGCGUGUGCAGUGGAAGUGACCUAUCAGUCGUUGUGACGGAUGUACGUACGGUUGACGAGUGUAUCAGUGAACGCCUUCGGGCAGCCGAGGUAGCUGGUACAGUAACCUAUGUCGACAGCUCAAGCCCGAAGGAUCCUGAACAUCUACCGCUGUGCGUCUACUGUGAUGGAGCAAGAAGCGGCGAGAACCCGUUGUCGUAG